UUGUUAAUACAGUCAUUGGCGAAAGUACGAAACUUAAACAUGUUCCGAUACAUGAAUUAUUUCAUCUUUUUAACAACAAUCUCAUUAAUAAAAUGUGAACUUUUUCAAUUUCCUUUUGGAUUUGAGAGUGAAAACAAAUUACAACAAGCAGAAAGUUCGGGAGGCAGUCCAAGGAUUAUUGGAGGCGAAACAUCGCCUGAUCAUUAUCCCUAUCAAAUUUCAUUGCAACUUAAACGUGAUGGAGAAGCGCAGGGAGGCUUUCUUUCUUUCCUUCAAGGACCAAGGAAGGAGUGUUUUUUGAAUGAAAACUACAUCGUUACAGCAGCACAUUGUAUUGAAGCAUUUAACAUAAGUCAAAUGUCAGUUUUAGCUGGCACGAAAGACUUGAGAAAAGAAUCAGAAGGAGUACGAAGCUUGAUUGAUGAUUGUGUCAUUCAUCCUGACUACGUAGAAUUGAAUACUAGUGACGUAUCAGUUUGUAAAUUGCAAACAUCAUUACCUCUUGGAGAUAAUAUCGCUCCUAUAGAGUUAUCAAAGGAAUAUGUUGGGGGAGGUGAAAACUGCACAUUGACAGGUUGGGGAUACACAAUUCCAAUAAGAGAAAUAUCAACGUUACCAAAUGAACUUCAGAGAGCAGAACUUCAAACGAUUACAAAUACAGAAUGCAAUCAAAGAGGUUAUAAUGUAGGCACAAAAGAAAUUUGCACGUUUUCAAGAGUUUUGAAAGGAGCAUGUGGCGGUGAUUCUGGAGGUCCACUUCAGUGUAAUGAUAAUCUUGUUGGGAUUGUGUCUUAUGGUGCUAGAAUUUGCGCUAUUGGACUGCCUGAUGUUUUCACAAGAGUAUCGGAAUUCACUGAAUGGAUUGAACAAAAUUCAUCAGGAUUACCAAUUCCGUCAUUGGCGAAAGUACGAAAUUUAAACAUGUUCAGUUACUUGAAUUAUUUCAUCUUUUUAACUACAAUCUCAUUAAAGAAAUGUGAACUUUUUCAAUUUCCUUUUGGAUUUGAGAGUGAAAACACAUUACAACAAGCAGAAAGUUCGGGAGGCAGUCCAAGAAUUAUUGGAGAGUUAUCAAAGGAAUAUAUUGGGGGAGGAGAAAAAUGCACAUUGACAGGUUGGGGAUACACAAUUCCAAUAAGAAAAGUACCGACGUUACCAUAUGAACUUCAUAGAUUAAAAACGCAAACGAUUACAAAUACAGAAUGCAAUCAAAGAGGUCAGAAUGUCGGUAACAAGGAAGUUUGUGCUUUUGCAGGAAUUUCAGAAGGAGCAUGUGGCGGUGAUUCAGGAGGUCCACUUCAAUGUAAUGGCAAUCUUGUUGGGAUUGCUUCUUCUGGUACUAGAAUUUGCGCUACUGGACUGCCUGAUGUUUUUGCUAGAGUAUCGGAAUUCACAGUUGUGAUUGCAGAAAUGUUGUUACAAUUCGUCGAAUGUUUUAUUUUAUUUAUGUUCGCAACGUGUAGUAAGCUUGACGAUCACAAAAUUGUCGGCGGUGAAGAGUCACCAAUCAUUUAUUAUUACCAAAUAUCACUUCAAAGAGUUUCUACACGUUGGGGAAGAGAACAAUACAAUCAUUUCUGUGGUGGAAGUAUAUUAAGUGAAUAUUACAUUAUUACAGCAGCACAUUGCGUUCAGGGUCAAGAUGUCAGCAGUAUAUCAGUUUUUGCUGGAACAUCAGAUCUUGAAGAUACACAAAAUGGAAUCAGAAGAUCAAUAACUUCAUGUUUGAUUCAUCCAGAUUACAGAAAACUAAACACAAGUGAUAUAGCAUUGUGUCAAGUUAAAGUUCCUUUUGUGUUCGGUCCAACAGUAGGAAAAAUUAAUAUCGAUAAUGACUACGUUAAUGGAGGAAUAAACUGUACACUGACUGGAUGGGGUUCGAUUUAUAUAUUCCGUUGGCUACCAAUACCUUUCUACUCAAUGUUGGCAUAUCCUGAUGAGUUACAUCGUGUUAUUUUGACUACAAUUUCCAACGAAAAUUGCAUAGAAAGAGGUCUCAUUGUUGAUGAAACACAAAUCUGCACAUUCACGAAAUUCGGUCAAGGAGCCUGUGCUGGAGAUUCUGGUGGCCCAUUAGUUUAUAAUGGAAUACUUGUAGGAAUUGUGUCUUAUGGAACAGCCAUUUGUUCAAUUGGAGCUCCUGAUGUGUUCACACGAGCGUCACAUUUUUAUGAUUGGAUCAUUUCCAAUACAGAUUUAAGUUCUGCAGCUACAACUUCAAACCAACAAGUACAAUCAAUAUUAACUGCUAUUCCUGAUAUAUUUCAAUAA